AUGGCUGGUUCCAGGACUGUGUCAACACAACAGCAGGCAACAACAAAUCAGCAAGCAUCAAGUGGGGAACAAAAAUUAGCAGACAAGAACACAUCAGUAGGUGUUAACACAUCAGCAGGUAACAACUCGUCAUCAGAUAACUACAUAUCAGCAGGUGCUAUCACAUCAGCAGGCAACAACUCAUCAGCAAGCAACAACACAUCAGCAGGCAACAACACAUCAGCAGACAACUUAUCAGCAAGUAACAACUUGUCAGCAGAUAACUACAUAUCAGCAGACAGCAAACACAUCAGCAGAAAACAACACAUCAGCAGACAACAACACAUCAACAGACAACAAACACAUCAGCAGAUAACAACACAUCAGCAGACAACAACACAUCAACAGACAACAACACAUCAACAGACAACAACACAUCAACAGACAACAAACACAUCAGCAGACAACAACACAUCAACAGACAACAACACAUCAACAGACAACAACACAUCAGCAGACAACAACACAUCAACAGACAACAAACACAUCAGCAGACAACAACACAUCAACAGACAACAACACAUCAACAGACAACAACACAGCAGGCAACAACACAUCAACAGACAACAACACAUCAGCAGGCAACAACCACUUCAGCAGACAACAACACAUCAACAGACAACAAACACACAUCAGCAGACAACAACACAUCAGAAGACAACAACACAGCAGACAACAACACAUCAGCAGAAAACAACACAUUGGCAGGCAACAACACAUUAA